UCUCACCAUACACCAUUUUUUCUACCCCAGUUUUUAUUUUCAAUUAAUUAUUUUUUUUUUAAAUUUAUAAAUUAUAAAUUUCAAGUUGGAAGAUUUCAGAAGUUUAAUGUAUCUAAAGUGUAAAAUGGAUUCAGAGAAAGCAUGGUUUGGUGCAGCAAUGGGUGGUUUUACCAGGCCUUCAUGGGCAUUUCUGCCACUUGUAUUUAUAGUUCUAGUCGUUUCCUGUUUCCAAAUCGGCACCAAAACUGUUUUCCCGAGAUGGGUCGUGUUGGGCGGCGGAGAAACCGGAAUAUCGGAAGAAACACCCAGCUGUUUCGGGUUUUUCCGGGAGGUGCCGCCGAGGAAGGUGGUGAUGUCGAUAAGAGAUUUCGGUGGGGUGGGCGACGGCGUGACGUCCAAUACCGAAACGUUUCGGAGGGCUAUACGGUACAUGCAAAGUUUCGGAAACAAAGGUGGGUCCCAGCUUAACGUUCCAAGAGGAAGAUGGGUUACGGGAAGCUUCAAUCUCACCAGCAAUUUCACCCUUUUUCUGGAAGAGGGUGCCGUGAUUCUGGGUUCCCAGGAUUUGGAGGACUGGCCAAUCAUAGAGCCUUUGCCUUCAUAUGGAAGAGGAAGAGAGAGAUUAGGUGGAAGACAUAUUAGUCUUAUCCAUGGAGAUGCUCUCACCAAUGUUGUCAUUACUGGACAGAAUGGAACAAUUGAUGGUCAAGGAAAGAUGUGGUGGGAGCUGUGGUGGAACAGGACAUUGGAGCACACCCGAGGCCACCUGCUUGAAAUUAAGAACUCUCAGAACAUUCUCAUCUCAAACCUCACCUUCACAAACUCUCCUUUCUGGACUAUCCAUCCUGUUUACUGCAGCAAUGUUGUUAUCAAAGACAUGACAAUCUUGGCUCCUCUUAAUGCCCCAAACACCGAUGGUAUUGAUCCAGACUCAAGUACCAAUGUCUGCAUUGAAGACUGUUAUAUUGAGAGCGGGGAUGAUCUUGUAGCAGUGAAAAGUGGGUGGGAUCAGUACGGCAUCGCCAUGGCUCGUCCAAGCUCAAACAUCAUAGUGAGGAGACUUUCAGGGACUACUCCAACGUGUUCUGGGGUUGGAAUAGGCAGUGAGAUGUCAGGUGGAAUUUCAAAUGUCACCAUGGAGGAUUUGCAUAUUUGGGAUUCUGCAGCUGGGGUACGAAUAAAGACUGAUAAGGGGAGAGGAGGAUAUGUGGUAAAUAUUACCAUAAAUAACAUAAGAAUGGAGAGAGUUAAGGUACCUAUAAGGUUCAGUAGAGGCUCCAAUGACCACCCUGAUGACGGAUGGGACCCAAAAGCUGUCCCAAAAAUAAAGGGUAUUUUUAUAAGUAAUGUGCUCAGUUUGAAUUCAACGAAAGCCCCACUCUUGGAGGGUAUUGAGGGUGCACCUUAUGAAGGGAUAUGCAUGAAAAAUGUUACUCUACUUGGUCUUGCUCCAGCAGCAAAGUGGCACUGUGAAUUUGUCUCAGGUUUUACAGAUGUGGUCUUUCCAGUGUCAUGUCCCCAGAUGCAGAGCAAUGUUUCUUCAUCAUGGUGUUUAGACCACCUUGGAAAUUUACAAAUUGAUAGCAGUUAACUGAAUUUGAUCUUGAGGAUUUACUUGAAUCACAUCUCAGCAAUUGGCGAUCUGCGGCAGCUUUGAGCAAAUGGGAUAAAUUUGAACCAUACUACAGCUUGGGAACCAUUGGAUUGGGAUUGUUGUGCAUUUUGUCGAUCAAAAAUUCAAUCUAGUGCCAGUGCUCUUGAGGUUGAAAGCACAUAUGGCCCAUUAUUACCUCAAGAUUCUGCUGAAGGUGCAAUCAUCUUGAGUGGUUGGACUGGCUAGUCAGGAUGAUUUGUCUUAUGUUGGGCAGGUUCUCUUAACCAUGUUCCAUCUGUAAUUUUUGUCUUUUUUUUUUAUUUCAAGCUCAGGUUAUACAAUCACAGGUUCAUAUAGAAAAAUCCAUUUAGUUUUUGUAGAGAUUGCUGUGAUACAUAUACAGAUUACUGGGAUAUGUAUACAGAAAACAAAUUCAUUUUAUAAAUGGGAUGUUCACAUUGUCAUCUUGGUUCUCAA